UGCCUACUUUUCAAUUCUUUCAUUCUCUCUCAUCCAUUCCAAAGUUGAAAACUCAUUCUCUUUGAAAUGGCAGAACCUUCAUCAAAGAUCUCUAGACCUACCCUAGAUGAAACCUUAGAUGGAGAGGCCGACAACAUUGAUAGACUGAGUGCACUUCCAGAAUCCAUUCUUCUCUACAUUCUUUCAUUUUUGGAAAUCAAAGAAGCUGCAGCCACUUCAGUUUUAUCCACAACCUGGAGAGAUCUUUUCUUACAACUUAGCAAUAUUGAGGUGACUUUCAAUGAUAAUAGCGGUACUCCUGACCAUCAUAGGCUCUUUCACCUCUUUGUACGCUUUGUUAAUAGAAUGCUUCGAGAGAGAAAUCCAGAAGUACCCAUUACAGUUAUAAAGCUAACUGUGAAGAAGUUUGCUGAAAGGAUGAGACUGGGUUAUCAGUCAUUGUUGAUGUCCACAGCUUUUGCAGUGUCCAUUUCAAAGGUGGAGACUAUUGAUUACAGUUUUGAUAUCUGUAUUGAAAGAACUGAUGUGGCACCUUCAAUUUUUGUUCCUCCUAGAAUGUUGAUAUCAGAGACUCUAAUUGGUUUGCGUCUACUUAUUCCUUGGGGGUGGUAUCUUCCAGAAAAUGUUUGGUUGCCCAAGCUAAGGUAUGCUCACUUAGUUCCUUUUAGAUUGGGGGAUGAGAAUUCCAUUCAAAGGUUACUGGAUGGGUGCCCUAGGCUAGAAAAUGCAAUGUUUAUAAUAAAGGAGAAGACUAAAGUCAAAACUCUUAACAUGUCAAGUUCCUCCUUGAUAAUUGUAAAACUUGAGUGGCAUGUGAUAGACCAAACAGAUAUGAGUAUUACUGUGAAGUCUGAAAGCCUUCGGAGGUUGUUAUUAUCUCUUAAGGGAGGUCACAAAGUGAAUGUGGAUGCACCAAAUCUGAAGUUCUUCUCCAUUGAGGGUCAAGCGGUUGAAUUGAAAAUGAUUCAAAGUGUUCCUUCAAUUGAUGAAGCAAUCAUAGCUGUUGAUUGUAUGAUUCAGUUCGCAGAUUGGAAUGACUUUUAUUCUCGUUCUGCAAAAGCUUGUACCUUUUUUGAAGAGUUUCAAAACCUGACAGUACUCAACAUAUCAGAACCCAUCAUGAAGGCUCUAUAUGUUUCUAAACCGGUGAUACCCACUUUCAUAAACAUGUAUAAGAUAAGGCUUAUCCCAGGUUAUUGUCAAGAUGAUUAUACCCGUUACUGGAUUGCACAUGUGUUAUUCAACUUGUUUGAAAAUUGUCCUAACCUUCAAGUGCUUUCCUUUAAAAAGGUGUUCGACAACUACUUUGGCGAUGUUGAGUUAGAAUCUGUUUUCCCUUUUAGCAUGGUUCAAAAUCUGAAGCAAUUAGAAAUUUGUGACUUCAAAGGCAUAGAAAUGGAAUACAAGCUGGUGGAAUAUUUCAUGAACAAUGGACAAUCUUUACUGGUGGUUUCUCUCAGAAAAAAUAGUUCCACGCCAUAUAGUUAUACUUGGAAGGAAAACCAACGAGACAGAAUUCGCUCCUUCCUCACAAGCGCAAAUGAGUGUGCGAUUGUAUUCAAGUAGAAAUUGGAUUUUAUAAAAUCCUCAUGAUUAUCCACGGCUACCAGUCUAUCUCUUUAAAACUAUGUUAUUUUCUCUAUUAAAUAAGUGUUUGUUUAAUUUAGUUGCAGAUUUAGAACAAUGCUGCUUUCUGUUGUUUUUCUAUUUUCAUGUUCAAGCCUUGGAGUAAUUGUUGUAAGACUCUUGUAGACCUAAAUUUCCUUAAAUGUUUG